AUGCGUCGAGUGAAAAUCUUUGCGGGCUCGUCUCACCCAGCGCUCGUAGAGAGUAUCUGCACACGACUGGGCACGCAACCGGCAAAAUGUGAGCUGGGAAAGUUUAGCAAUGGCGAGACAAGCGUCAGCAUUGCAACCUCAAUUCGAGACCAAGAUGUCUUCAUUGUUCAGAGCGGAAGCAACAAUAUCAAUGACAGCGUCAUGGAACUGCUUAUCAUGAUCAAUGCCUGUAAAGGCGGGUCCGCGCGAUCAGUCACAGCUGUCCUGCCGUACUUCCCUUACUCUCGUCAAUCAAAGAAGAAGAGCCACCGAGGUGCCAUUACUGCACGAAUGUUGGCAAACCUUUUGUCCGUCGCAGGAGUCUCCCACGUCAUCACAGUUGACCUUCAUGCGUCUCAAAUGCAAGGCUUUUUCCAUCAGCCUGUGGACAAUCUGUAUGCAGAACCCCUCAUUGCCCGCUGGAUACGCAACCACGUACCGGGCUGGCAACAAGCCGUUGUUGUCAGCAAGAACCCGGGUGGGACAAAGCGUGUGACAUCGCUCGCCGAUGCCCUCAAGCUCAGCUUCGGUAUAGUUACAACAGACCGUCGACGACCUGGGAUGAGCGCCAGCAUGAUGCUUGACAGCAUGUGCGUCGAUAGCUCAGAUAACCCGCCACAAGCAGAGCUGGACGAAAAUGCUGUUGAAGUUCAAAUUGAGGGUGUGGAGGAUGGAACUUCCUCACCACCAAGGAGCAAUUCUGCUCGGCCGAAUCAUUUGUCAGUGAACGGAGCGCCUCAAUCGUCGACUCCUACAGCAUUUUCCGGAGCCAUGCACAAUGGCGUGCCAAGUAUUGGACAUAGCCCUUUGGCAAGAUCUACACGCAUCGACUCGAUAUCUAGUUCGCCUCCGACGCGACCACUCCAUCUGGCCCGGGCAGCAACUGUUGCUGUGACUUCGACUGCAGUGGCCCCUGAGGAAGAGGGAGACGAAUAUACAGAUGAGCGUGCUCGAGAUGUUAUCACAGGUCGUCUCAUUCAUGGCCACAUUGUAGACGAUGAUUAUCCGUCGCCCACACUGUCGGCCGCGUCUGGCUCUGUGGCAACCAUGUCGGGUGACAAAAAUGCAGACGAUAUCCCCGAUCCGAUGACUGCUUCCUUCCUUUCGAUUGCUUCCUCCAAGCGUCCGGAUCAUGCGCUUGGCGGCACGUAUGAUGCUGCUGCCAUGUCCGAUGAAGAAGACGAAGCGUACAAGGAUCCGGAAAUAGAACAUACUGUUACUCUUGUCGGCAAUGUCAAGGAUAGGACAGUUUUUAUUGUCGACGACAUGAUUGAUAAGGCCGACUCGUGGAUUGCUGCAGCUGAGACUGUUGUGAAGAGAGGAGGUGCCAAAAGGGUCUACUGUAUUGCGACGCAUGGACUCUUUGGUGACAAUUCCCUUCAGACAAUGGAGGAUUGUGAAUGCAUUGACCAUAUUCUUGUCACCAAUUCAUUCCCAAUCUCUCCAGAGCUAGCUCGCAGUUCGAGAAAGCUUGUUGUGCUUGAUUUGUCUAACCUGCUGGCAGAGGCGAUUCGACGCAAUCAUUAUGGCGAGAGUAUUUCCCAAUUAUUCGUCUCUGCCCCUGAGUAG